AUGCAUUGGAAGAGAGUCAAAACCCUGGGAUCUGGAGGGUUUGGCUUUGUGUCUAUGGCCACAACCAGCGGCCACAAUCAUCUUCCGCCGGUUGUGGCCGUCAAAUCUGCUGAUAUCACGCGCUCCAAAUCUCUGUCCAUGGAGAAGGACCUGCUCCACAAAUUCAAAUCGUGCCCCUGCAUCCUCCGCUGCUUCGGCGACCAAAUCACCACCGAAAACGGCCGCAACCUAUACAACAUCGUCCUCGAAUACGCCCCCGGCGGCUCCCUCGCCGACAAAAUCCACUCUGGCAAAGGCCUACCGGAGGACAUCGUCAGCCACCAUGCCAAAUCCAUCGCCACCGCCCUCGUCCACAUCCACAAACUCGGCUACGUGCACUGCGAUGUGAAGCCGCACAACGUGCUCCUUGUGGGCGAACAUACAAAACUCGCCGAUUUCGGAAGCUGCAAGAAAAUAGGAGAGGCUGUUCAAGGGUUUAGGGGGACGGUGCUCUACGCGGCCCCCGAGUCGAUAUCAAGGCUGGACUACUCUGCGGCCGUGGAUGUGUGGGCGCUGGGGUGCACCGUGCUGAACAUGCUCACCGGAAAAGCGCCGUGGGAGAUCAGGAAAGACGCGACGACGACGGAUGUGUUGAUGAUGAUCGGUGGCAGCGAUGAGAUUCCCGAGAUUCCGAACGUUUUUUCGGAAGAGGCGAAGGAUUUUCUGAGGAAGUGCUUUGUGAAGAAUCCGGCGGCGAGGUGUAGAGCGGAAAGUCUGCUCCGUCAUCCUUUUUUGAAGAUGGCCAACCGCCACCGCCACCACCUCCAUUUGUCGUCAAAGCUGCACUCGCUUUUGCCGCAGUGUUUCCACGUCCCAAAAAUCCAUGUCCAUUGA